UUCUCACAUCUCUCUUACACACUCACACACCACUCUCUCUCCUCCAACCUAACUUUUUUUUUUUUUUUAAUCUUCUCCUUCCACAAAUCUAUUUUUUUUUUAUUUAAAGUUUUAUCUGAAUUUAAAAGAACAAAAAAAAAAAAAUCCUAAAAAUCAAAAAUCUCAUCACCUUCUCUCCUCCUUGCUCUGUAUUUUUGGUUGGGUUUUUCUCUCUCUAAAUCCAUGGAUCCUUCUCUCUCUGUAACCAAUGAUCCUCAUCACCCUCCUCCGUUCGCCACAUCUUUCCCUCCUUUCACCAACUCCAACCCUUACGCCUCUCCAAACAACCCCUUCUUCGCCGUCCCGCCGCCAAACAACAACCAUCUGUUCCAAGCUCCGCCGCAGCAUCAGCAGCAGCUAACAUCUCCGGCUCCUACUCACCCAUCCUUAAGCCAUCCUCCUUACUCCGACAUGAUUUGUACGGCGAUUUCAGCGUUGAACGAACCAGAUGGGUCAAGCAAGCAAGCGAUUUCGAGGUACAUAGAGAGGAUUUACACUGGGAUGCCUACAACUCAUGGUGCUUUGUUGACACACCAUCUCAAGACUUUGAAGAACAGUGGGAUUCUUAUGAUGGUUAAGAAGUCUUACAAGUUAGCAGCUACUCCUCCUCCUACUAGUGUAGCUAUUGCUGCUGCAGCUACUGGUCUUGAACCUCCCAGAUCUGAUUUCUUAGUCAACGAGAACCAAACUUUACCUGAUCCGGUCAUGCCUUCUUCUACUCCUCCGACUCAGAAGCGUGGUCGUGGUCGACCUCCAAAACCAAAACCCGAUGUUCAAGCUCAACCUCAGACUAACGGGAAACCCACCUGGGAACAACAAACUGAAUUACCUGUUUCUCGACCGGAGGUGGUACAGACACAGCCUCCGCCUCCACCUCCGCCACAGGUACAGAUACAGCCACAGGCGCCGGUUAAGAGACCACCGGGUCGUCCUAGAAAAGAUGGAACUCCCCCGACGGUGAAGGCUGCUGCUACGGUUUCCGGCGGUGUGGAGACUGUGAAACGAAGAGGUAGGCCUCCGAGUGGAAGAGCUGCUGGGAGGGAGAGGAAGCCUGCAGUAGUCUCAGCUCCAACUUCGGUGUUCCCGUACGUUGCUAAUGGUGGCGUUAGACGUCGAGGGAGACCAAAGAGAGUUGAUGCUGGUGCUUCUUCCUCCGUUGCACCACCGCCACCACCACCAGUUAGCGCGGGGAGUGGAGGGGUGGAGGUUGCAGUCAAGAAAAGAGGACGUGGACGGCCUCCUAAGGUCGGAGGUGUUAUCAGGAAGCCUAUGAAACCGUUGAGACGUUUUCCUCGUUCUGGUAGACCCGUGGGACGACCCAGAAAGAAUGUGGUGUCAACGGGAGUUUCUGGACGGCAAGAUGGUGACUAUGGAGAACUUAAGAAGAAGUUUGAGUUGUUUCAAGCGAGAGCUAAGGAUAUUGUUAUUGUGUUGAAAUCUGAGAUGGGAGGAAGUGAAAAUCGAGCGGUGAUUCAAGCCAUACAGGACCUGGAAGGGUUAACGGAAACAGAGACAUCAAACGAGCCACAGCACAUGGAAACGGUGCAGCUGCCAGACGAGGGACAUGUGCAAGGACAAGGGCAAGGACAAACAGAAGCAGAGGCAAUGCAAGAAGCUCUGUUCUAAAGAGAACCUUGACACAAAAAAGCUAGUGGUGAUGAUGGUCGUGUUGUGUGUUCCAUGGAAUAUUUAAUCUUAUAAGGAGUGUUUGCAGGAGAGAUUACAAAAAGAACAAUGGAAUGAUGAUUGUGUCUUUAACCAAACAACAAGGAGAGGUAGGGUAACGUCUGUAAAGUGAAGUAGGAUGUUACCAUUGUUUAUGCUCCCCCAUCUCUCUCCAUCGUCCAUAUCUGUGUAGGCUAGUGCUCUUUGUUUCCUCAUGUUUUUUUUAGACUCACUCUUGCUCUUGUUCUAUUUUGUCUCUUUUAGGCUUUUUAGAAGUUUGUUGUUGAUGUUUAUCAAACCGCUUAUGUAAUUUUUAAUUUUUAUGACCUCGUCCCCCACU